CCGGGCAGAGCUGCCCGAGAACCCAGCCGGGAGGUGAGCUGCUGCGGCCUGUGGCCCAGGUGGUCGCCGCGUGCUCAGAACUGAGGCCCGCAGCCAGCCCCAGCCCCACAGAGAUGCCGAUGGGGGUCCCGAUGGGGAAGCCGAUGCUGGUGCUGCUGACCUUCUUGGCCUUGGCCUCGUGCUGCUUUGCUGCUUACCGCCCCAGUGAGACCCUGUGCGGCGGGGAGCUGGUGGACACCCUCCAGUUUGUCUGUGGGGACCGCGGCUUCUACUUCAGUAAGUAGCUCAACGUGCGGUGGGGCAAGGGGGAGGGCGUACACAGCAGGGGAUCAAUAAAUGCUGGAGUCCUCCGCACCAUUUCCCAGACACCCAGGGUUACCCUCCGGGAUGCCUGGUGUGGGGGGCCAGCACGGAGCCCCCGCAGGCCCCCGGCGAGCUGGGCGCCCCCUGACUGGCCCUUACCCCCUCAGGACAACUUCCCCAGAUACCCCGUGGGCAAGUUCUUCCAAUAUGACACCUGGAAGCAGUCCGCCCAACGACUGCGCAGGGGCCUGCCUGCCCUCCUGCGCGCCCGCCGGGGUCGCAUGCUCGCCAAGGAGCUCGAGGCGUUCAGAGAGGCCAAGCGUCACCGUCCCCUGAUCGCCCUGCCCACCCACGACCCCGCGGCCCACGGGGGCGCCUCUCCGGAGGCGUCCGGCAAUCAGAAGUGAGCCAAAAUGUCGCGUAAUUCUGCAAGAUGGCACCGUCCACCUAGUGCCCUCCUCUUGACCAGGGGCCGUUCCACCGGGCCCCACCUCUGACAUCUCUCGGGAUCGCGUUCCCUCUGCGGGCUCCCCCAUCCCCAGCCCCCGCGCCCCAACCUCCCCAUGUCAGGCUCUUCUCUCCUUGGCCCCCUCCAUCGGGCUGAGGAGAUCCUAGCAACAUCUCUAAAAGUGUACAAACUCGAUUGGCUUUAAAUAUCCCCCAAAUUAUCCCCAAAUUGUACAAUCAAAAAACUAAAACUACGAACCCCUAAAUCUCACACACACACACACACACUAGUCCCCUUAAAAUGAAUUGGCUUUUUAGAAACACCAGGAACGUUAAUGAGCUAAAAACAAAAACAAAAAAAACUAAAAUUAUCAAUUGGCUAAAAAAAAAAAUACCCAAACUGAAUUGGCUUAAAAACAAUUGGCAUCAUGAAAGAAUUAGGCCCCCCCCUUCCUUCUCUUUCCCAGGGACCUCGAGUCAGAUUGGCCGUGAGCUCGGGCACCUGGCCUCCAGGAGAAAGGAAGGGACCCCAAAUCUACAGGUAGGCACGUCAUGGUCCACUGCCGGCUCUGGCCUCCUCAGGCAAAACUCUGGUCGCGUUUGGGGAGAAUUGGUCAUCCUCAGAACAGCAAAGCCCCAGACUCAUUCCUUGCUCUGUUUCCCAUCCUCGAAAGUCACCAUGGAGCUAGAUGGGGGUUCCCAGUGAGACCAAAGGAGGGGCGAACAGAACAUGAACACCGAAAUUUGUGAAAAUAAACUUUAAUUGGCACAAACCCCCAUACACCCUAAAAUCCAUCCUCCCAAAACCCACAUAUCCCAACAUCUUACAUCUCAAUUUCCACCCUAAAAAAUACCCACACACCCACAUGCAUCCCUGCAGACACGCCUUACAUGCAUGCACAC